CCACACAUCAAACUUACCUUCUUUCGCUCUCCUUACCUUUUCGGCUUUGAGCCCAAACGUCUGACAGCAGCCCGAAAAUGCAGCAGCAGCAGCAGGUGGUUAAGAAGGAUCGUCGCAUGUUCGCUUCCUCUGAUGACAAUGCGAUGAUGAAGCAGGUUAUGGGAACCCAUUCACCCGAUGGGCGUGAUGUUGAGUUGGAGCCCAUUCUUAAUGUCGUUGAAGAAACACUCCAUCGGGCCAUUCCUGCCAAUAUUGAUGGUGUCAUUAAUGGCACGCAUAACGGGCAUAUUGAUGCAUUGGUUGGACAAGAGACGCUUGCGUUUUCUAGCUUUGAAGAUGAUGGGAUCCCUGAUGGAUUGGCUAAUGUGAUCCAUAAAAUUUCCUGUGAGUUAUCUUGCAAGUGCUCGGGAGGAGCAGACGCGCAUGGAUCAACAAUGGCAAUCCUCAACAUACUAUCGAGCUACUCAUGGGAAGCCAAAGUGGUGAUAUCAUUAGGAGCCUUUGCAGUGAACUUUGGAGAGUUUUGGCUUGUGGCGCAACUAUUUGCCACCAAUCCACUUGCUAAAUCGGUAGCAUUGCUUAAACAAUUGCCAAACAUCAUAGAACAUUACAAAUCGAUCAAACCUCGGUUUGAUGCUAUUAAUGAGCUCAUUAAGGUUAUGUUGGAGGUCACCAAAUGCAUCAUUGCAUUCAAGAACCUGCCUUAUCAAUAUCUCCAAGAUGACACACCACCUAAGUCAACCGCGUUAUCUCAUAUUCCCACUGCGGUUUAUUGGUCCAUCAAAAGUAUGGUGGCUUGUGUCUCCCAGUUAACAAGCCUUUUAGGCAUGAACUUUGAGUACAUCUCGGCCACCUCCGAGGCGUGGGAACUUUCAAGCUUGGCUCACAAGGUUCAUAACAUCCAUGAACACCUUAAAGAACUCCUUCACCUGUGCAAGCAAAACAUAGAGGAGAAGCAACAUGAUGAAUAUUUUCUCAUGCUCAUGCGAAUCUUCGAAGUGUCUCACUUGGAUAACUUGAAGAUUCUCAAGGCUUUGUUCUGUGGCAAGGAUGACAUUCAUCCACUUCUUGACGGCUCAUCGAAAACAAGGGUUAAUGUGGACGUGCUACGAAGGAAAACAGUGUUGCUGCUUAUAUCAGACCUAGAUAUCUCCCAUGAAGAGAUUUUAGUUCUUACUCAAAUCUACAAAGACUCUAGAAUACAACCAGAUCUUCAUUAUGAAGUCGUGUGGGUCCCGCUUGUGGACAAUCUGAUGGCAUGGAAUGAUUCACAUCAACACAAGCUUGAGCAGCUUCAAUCAAUGAUGACAUGGCAUAUGCUGCAUCACCCUACAUUGCUAGAACCAGCGGUCAUAAAGUACAUCAAACAAGUGUGGCACUUUGAAAAAAAGCCGAUUUUGGUAUCGUUAGAUCCACAGGGGAGAGUGGCAUCACCAAAUGCCCUCCAUAUGGUCUGGAUUUGGAGAAAUGACGCUUACCCUUUCACUAGCAUGAAAGAAGACGCGUUAUGGAAGGAAGAAACUUGGACACUAGAGUUAUUGGUUGACAGCAUUGAUCGAUACAUACUACACUGGAUUGCUGAAGAGAAAUACAUAUGCUUGUAUGGAGGAGACAACUUCGAGUGGAUCAGAAGCUUUACAAAGAUAGCAUCAGAUAUUGCUGCAACUGCGGGAAUCCCAUUGGAGAUGGUUUACGUGGGAAAGAGCGGAACCAAGGAGAGAAUAAGGAAAAUAAGUACAACGAUCAGUGAGGAGAAACUAAGUCACACUUGGCCAGACCCCACUUUCGUGUGGUACUUUUGGACCCGCCUUGAGAGCAUGUUGUAUUCAAAGAUUCAUCAUCAACAUGGAAAUAGUUUUGAAAACGACCCAAUUAUGAAGGAGGUUAUGACCAUGAUGAGCUUCGACGGGAGUGAUCGUGGGUGGGCCUUGAUAUGUAAGGGGUCACGUGAGAUGGGUCGGGCAAAUGCAGAACUGGCAGAGACGAGUUUAGUGGAGUAUGAGAAUUGGGAAGGGGAUGUACAAGAAUACGGUUUUGUCCCGGCAUGGAAAGCCUACUUGGCGAAACUGCAUAAACCACAGCAUUGCAACCGACUUAUACUUCCCGGGAUCAGUGGCGGGAUUCCCGAGGUGGUGGUGUGUUCGGAAUGUGGCCGGACAAUGGAGAAGUUCUUCAUGUUUCGUUGUUGUACCGAUUAAGGAGGAUGAUCAUUGUGUCCUAAUUAUGUCUAAUAUGAUGUUUGUUAAUUGUUGACUUGUUUCAGUGUUAGGACCAGUGAGGAGGUGCUGCUAGAUAUGUGAUACUGGUUCAUUGUUUUAAAUAAGUAUCUCAGUGUGUUAUUCUUAUUUCUACUUGUAAGUACAAGAGUGGCAGCUUGUUUUUUUUCCUUUAUUCAGUUUAAAGAACCGUCUUAUCUUGAGCGUGACAA